AUGGGAGAAGCUGCGAUCCGUGCCAUCGUCGAAGCUAUCCACUCUUCGCCGACGCAGGCCGUUCUGUAUCUCGCCGGCGGCGCCUCCGUGGCUUUAGGUUGGUUGAUGACGGUCCCCGGAGCUUCGAACACGCUUCUCGAAGCCGUGGUUCCUUAUUCCCGGAUAUCUAUGGUCCAAUUGCUCGGCAGGGUUCCGAGCCAACACUGUAGCCAAGCAAUGGCGAGCGAGAUGGCUUUGUUAGCUUAUAACCGUGCGGUUAAGCUGUCUAAACCAGGAUAUCCGGUUAUUGGCGUGGGGUUUACUGGAGCAUUGGCAACGUCUCCUCCAAAGCGUGGUGAUCACAGGUUUUUCUUGUCAAUGAGAGCAUCCAACCGGAUCUGGGAAACUUCAGUCACUCUAACAAAGAACCUACGAAGCCGAGAGGAAGAAGAUAAGGUGGCAAGCCGUGUACUGAUCAAGGCUAUGGCCAAGGCAUGCCAAGUUUCUGGGAAUCUUGAUUCUGGCUUGACCGAGUCUGAGUUGCCUGAUGAGUCUGAAACCAAGUUUACUGAAGAGCAAGAACUAGACCAGCUUAUCAAUGGAGAAUUGUGCUUUAAGGUUUAUCCAUUUUCUGGGGAAGCAUACGGGUCGGAUAAGGAUAGAAAGAUUAUACUGCCUGGUUCUUUUAACCCAUUACACGAUGGUCAUCUCAAGCUGUUGGAAGUCGCUAUGAGUGUAUGCGGAGGCGGGUACCCAUGUUUUGAAAUAUCCGCAGUAAAUGCCGACAAACCACCGCUUUCAGUUGCAGAGAUCAAACGUCGUGUCAAGCAAUUCAAAGAUAUUGGAAAGACGAUGAUAGUUUCAAAUCAGCCAUACUUCUACAAGAAAGCCGAGCUCUUCCCAGGAAGCAGCUUUGUAGUUGGCGCUGACACUGCAGCAAGGCUUGUUAAUACAAAGUACUAUGAAGGAAGCUACAAAAGGAUGUUGGAGAUACUUGGGGAUUGCAAGCGAACUGGUUGCAGUUUCCUUGUUGGUGGCCGCCAUGUAGAUGGUGUAUUUAAGGUUCUUGAAGAUCUUGAUAUCCCAGAGGAAAUAAGCGACAUGUUUAUCUCAAUUCCAGAAGAGAAAUUCCGGAUGGAUAUAUCCUCUACAGAGUUAAGGAAAAACAAAGGGGAUGUUGAUAAUGAUAACAAGCCUUUGCAAGGAGAUGGGAGUAAGAGGAAACGUGAUACUACUACUGAUGAGCAAUGA